AUGAAAACUGAGAACGAUAUACGAGUUGUAGUUAUUGGUCAUCUUGACGAUGAACAAUCUAUUGAACCAAUCAAUGAGAAAUUAAAUGAAUAUAAAAUUCGUCUUAAUGAACAAUUAAAAACAAUUCCUGAAUUAUAUUCACAAGAUGAUGAUCCCGAUUCAGAAUAUAUCGAUGGUUUUCGAAUGAAAUCUCGUUUUAUUAAAUCAAAUCAUCUGUUAUCAUUUACUAAAGAACAAGAUCGCCUUAUUGAAAUAACAGAACCAACACGACGUCAAUCCUAUAUUGAUAUUCAUAAGCAUUAUCCAAUAGGUUCAUUUGAUUUAUGGAUAUUAUCGGCUCGUUUAGAGCAUGAAUCAAUGUCUGUAGAUAAUUGGUGGCGAGCUUAUAAAACAUUAACAGCACCAUCAAAAAUGAAUAGUAAAGAAGAACAGAUUCAAUUAUGUUGUGCGCCUGCUUUUAAUCUACCUUUACCAAAACAGAUUGCACGUCAAGCAGCUUGUUUAAUAAAAUUCUAUGAGAUGUUUAAAGCAAGUGUAUUUUUAAGUGAUCGGUCAUCAUCAUCAACAAGUUUUUUAUCAAGUAUAAGUCAUAUUAUUCCAGCUAUACAAUUAUCAUUUCGUCCUAAAAUUCUUCAAUGGUUUGAUGAAAGAAUUCACAAUCAUCAACGUUUAAAAUAUCUUUUAGAUUCUAAUUGUUUAUGUCUAGUUGCUUGUGGAUCGAAAAAGACUACAUUUCGAUAUGAUUUUUCACUGAUUGAACUAAAGAUUUUUAAUCAAUUCAAUACAAGUGAAUGUCAAUUGAAUAUAUUUGUAAAACGAUUUGCUGUUAAAUAUUUAAACUGUUCAUUAGAUAAUUCUUUUCUUCGUACAAGCAUUUUAUGGAUAUGUGAAAUUCAUGAUCUUGAAAAUUAUCAUAAUAUAUUUGAAGUUUGGGUAUCAUUUAUGCGUGAUGUAUGUCGAAAACGUUAUUUAGCACAUUAUUUUCUUGAAAAUACGAAUAUUUUUGAAGAAUAUGCUGGUUUAGAAGAUACAAUUAGUACUUUAAAUUAUAAAAAUAUUGAUCUAUUUAUUGACAAACUUGAAGAAAAUCUUAUUUUUCCUUAUGUCUAUCAAUAUAAUGAACGGAUGAAAAAUUUAUUAGAAUUUUUCAACAAUCUUCCUGUUAUAGCUGUCAAAAUGAAAACGAUCUAUAAUGUUAUUGUUAAAUCACAAUUUCCUCGUGCUAACAAUUCCCUACAUGAAAUAUGUAGCCUACUUUGUCAUUUAUCAUUUUUAGAAGACGACGAUAAAGAUCAUAUAAUUAGUUUUUGGGAUCAACAAUGGAGAAAAUUAUUUAUUGAUUUCGACCGAGAUGAUAUUGUGCUUCAACAACGACUUGUCGACUAUCGCCCAAAUCAAUUAGCACAACACAUGACAGAAAGUGUUUUGAAACUUAUUCAAAUAGAUUUAAUUCAAAUGAUUAAUUUAAUAAAAUCAAAUAUGUAA